CUCGGUAACCCCACUUGCAAGAACUUUCAAUGCCGGCCGGCGAACGAAGGCCUCAGUCACAUCCCAGCAUUGGAAGAUUUUGGGUGCCUUGGUGUGGUGCUUUUGUUGUCAAAAUGGGAGUCAUUGGCUUUUUGCUGGUGAUCUUGGCUACGAUCCUACUGUCAGAAGCAGAUGAGAGUGUGAUCGUCUCCACUCGGUUAGGAAAGAUAUCUGGCUUCAAGGAGCAAUCCACGAAAGGAAAUCCAUUCUAUUCAUUUCAUUCUGUGCCUUAUGCAGAACCACCGACUGGAAGUCUCCGACUUAAGGACCCUAUCCCUGUCAAAAGUUGGAGUGGUAUAAAGAACGGGACGGUAGUUCCUUCAACUUGUCCACAAAUACCAUUCAUUGAAGCUACACUGAGGACGCCAGUUUAUGAUGGAAAUGAAGAUUGCUUGUAUUUAAGCAUAUUCACCAGCAAGCCAAAUGAAGAAAAUGCUGCCCUACCAGUGAUGGUUUUUAUUCACGGCGGAGCCUUUUUUUCUGGCGGCAUCAACUGGUAUGCACCAUACGUUCUCAUGAAUGAAGAAGUUGUGUUUGUAAUUAUUCAGUACAGGCUCGGAAUUCUUGGUUUUCUGUCCACCGAAGAUGACGUCAUCCCAGGGAACUUUGGUAUGAAGGACCAAGUGUUAGCUCUGCAGUGGAUACAAGAGAAUAUUCAUAACUUUGGUGGUGAUAAAACUCGUGUCACCAUAUUUGGAGAAAGCGCUGGUGGGGCUUCUGUCCAUUUUCAUGUUCUUUCGCCUUACUCCAAAGGGCUUUUCUCUAGAGGAAUCAUGCAGUCUGGAACAUUACUUAACCCCUGGGCAAUGGGUGGUGCGUUUAGGGAAGUAGCAAUGUUCACGGGAAAACGCUUCGGUUGUCAAGGUUUAAGCGCACCCAGUGAGCAAUCCAGCGAAUCUCUUCUUGCUUGUCUUCAAGGGAUUGAUGUCGUUAAUCUUACUCUCAGCCUUCAGGAUCAUAUUCACUGGAACUUCAAUCCUGUCCUAUUUGGUCCAAGGGUGGACGGGGAUUAUUUACCAGAAGGACCAGAAGUCCUGAUAAAAGAAGGCCGGUACAACAAAGUAAACCUUAUGUCAGGUGUUACUUCCCACGAAGGAGCACUCUUUACCUUUCCUUUAUUUUCAAAUGAGGCUCUCAGACAAGACCUCUUGAAUAACUUUAAGGAAAUGGGACCAGCCUCACUAGAUAUCCGUGAUGGAGAUGCAUCACCAGCAGAGUUAGCUCAGCGAAUUUUUAAUUAUUAUGUUGGUGGGGUAAAAGUCAGUUCUGAAGACGCUGAUAAUCUCUGUGAAAUGUAUGGUGACUGGCAAUUCAUAUUAGGACACGAUUUGGUUGCCAAGUUCCAUAUCAAAAGUUCCCCUGAAGUUCCAAUUUAUCUGUAUGAGUUAAAACACAGGGGACAGCGAUCCAUCGGUGAUUACUACAGUGCAGGUGUUGGAGAGACAUGGGUUUGUCAUGCUGAUGACUUAUUCUACCUUUUUACUGGUGAAAACACUUACUGGAAGCCUCUUGAGAGAGAAGAGGAUCUGAGAUUAAGAGAAAUUGUUACAAAGCUUUGGUAUAACUUUGCUGCAGUAGGAAACCCAACACCAGACAAUUCAUUGGGAUUCACUUGGAAACCUGCUAGUGAAGAUUAUUUUGUUCAUCUCUCUCUUAUGCCAUCACCCUUCAUGGAAGAGGAUAAGAGACAGGAGGUACGAAAGUUCCUAGAAAGUCUGCCAACAAAACUGAACUAUAUAUUGCACCCAGAUUCUGUUUCAGCAGAGCAGCUUCAAAAGUUUGUGGAAGAAAACGCUGGAGGGGAAAAUAUCAACAGUCCCAGGAAAUAUACCAGAAAAGAUGAGCUGUAGCAAUCAAGAAGUGAUCAUGUAACAGUUCAAAAUGCUGUGGGCCAACUUUUAUAAGAGCAAAGCUAAAGACAAAUGAAGGAUUUUAAUUUUCUUUUGCUUUGUGAUGAGGAAAAUUUCACGUGCACCUCGUUUGCUAAAAAUGUCAAGUGAAAGAAAUAAAAGUUCUUUUACA